AUGUUUAGACUAGGUCCUAGUUCUGGUAUGUUGAGACGACAAAUAAACCACAUACCCAAUAGAAGUUUUCUGAUUUUCAAGAAUGUUAAGUCGUCUCUAGGAUCCCGAAUUCCAAUUAUUUAUUAUAAAUCAAACAAACUUUACUCCAUAUCAACAGUAAGCACAAUAAACUCGUCUUCCAAAAAGACCAAAUCAUCAUCAUCAUCAUCUAGAUACGGUAAAUUUUUUAAGUUUGGUUUGGCUAUUGGAUUAGGAACGACUAUUUUGUAUUACACAAAUGAUUCAUUCAAACAUACAGUUUUAACUAUCGAUAGAGUUAACACUGUGACUGUUGCCAUGAUCCGUUGUUUUGCAUUAUAUAAGGAAACAUUAGGUGCCAGUUAUGAUAAUGAUAGUGAUCGUCAUAAGGCAUUGUCGAAAACACACAAAAAAGCUGCAGAAAUUACUUUGAAAGCAUUGGAGAAAAAUGGAGGGAUAUAUAUUAAAUUAGGCCAACAUAUCACAGCAUUAACUUACCUUUUACCCCCAGAAUGGACAAAUACCAUGCUCCCGUUACAAGAUAAAUGUCCUCAAUCGUCUCUAGAAGAAAUUGAAAAGUUGUUUGAAAAUGAUCUAGGCAAGAAAAUGUCAGAUAUUUUCAUUGAUUUUAAUCCAACCCCUGUUGGUGUUGCAUCUUUAGCACAAGUUCAUAUUGCAACUUUGAAAAACGGAGAAAAAGUGGCGGUCAAAAUUCAGCAUCCAUCAUUGAAAGAGUUUGUUCCCUUGGAUGUGGCACUUACAAAAAUGGUGUUUGACUUGAUGUACAAAGUGUUUCCUGAAUAUCCAUUAACCUGGCUUGGUGAUGAAAUGCAGAAUUCCAUAUAUGUUGAGUUGGAUUUUACAAAAGAAGCAGAAAAUGCCCGAGAAACAGCAGAAUAUUUCAAAGAUUAUCAACGUGAAACUGCUUUGCGGAUUCCAAAAAUAGUGGAAGCCCAAUCGAGAAUUUUGAUGAUGGAAUAUGUUUCCGGUGAAAGGUUGGAUAAUUUAAAAUAUAUGGAGCAAAAUAAUAUUGAUCCAUCCGAAGUUUCGUCGUGUUUGUCUCAUAUUUUUAAUAAUAUGAUUUUCACUCCUGAUGUGUCCUUGCAUUGUGAUCCUCAUGGUGGUAAUUUAGCUAUUCGAAGUGUCUCUAAAUCAGAACACAACAAGAGUGGUCAUAAUUUUGAAAUAAUCUUGUAUGACCAUGGACUUUAUAGAAAGAUCCCUCUUCAAAUGAAACGUGAUUAUAGUCAUUUCUGGUUAGCUGUCUUGGACAAUGAUGUUCCUAAUAUGAAGAAAUAUGCUAUGAAAAUUGCUAAUUUUGGUGAGGAUGACCAAAAAUUUAGAAUUUUUAUGAGUGCAAUUACCGGAAGGGCACCAGACAAAGCCUUGAAUUACGAUAUAUCGAGUCGUAGAUCCAAUGAGGAAAUUCAAAAAAUUCAAGGGCAAAUAAACAACGACAAUGGGGUCUUGGAAGACUUGAUGGACAUUUUGAGCAACAUGCCUAGAAUGGUGUUAUUGAUAUUAAAGACGAAUGAUUUAACGAGGAAUUUAGAUGAAAACCUAGAGAGUUCUUUGGGACCUGAGAGAACUUUUUUGAUUAUGGCAAAUUAUUGUGCCAAAUGUGUGUAUGACGAGCUGAAAGAAGAAAUCAACCAGAAAUAUCGUGGUUGGAGUUGGUUGACACAUUCUAUUUCAAACUGGUGGCAUUAUCAAAAGAGAUUGAGUACAUUAUAUCUCUAUGAUUUUGUAUUGAUGAUCAGAAAACUUACAUUUUAG